AUGGAGCAACUAAAGCCUCCUAACCAUCUUUCGAUGGAGGGAAAUCUCGCAGAAAACUGGAAAGAAUGGAUUCAAGGAUUUGAACUCUAUCUUACAGCAACGGGAAUAAGCGAAAAAGAUGAGAAAGUCCAGGUCGCAACCUUCCUACACGUGGCCGGCAUCGAGGCACGCCGCGUCUACAAUACCUUUGGAAUCACAGGUGAUGAUGUUCACAAAAUAGAAGUACUCAAAAGAAAGUUCAAAGAAUAUUGUGAGCCCCGAAAGAACUUAACAUAUAUUAGACAUGUGUUUUUUACACGCAAUCAAGGUCACGAUGAGCCCACUGACAAUUAUGUGACAGACUUGAGGAAUAAGGCACAACAGUGUGAAUUCGGUAAUUUAGCAGAUGGAUUAAUUAGAGAUAGGAUAGUGUGCGGAAUUCAAGAUGAAGCGUGUCGUGCACGUCUACUCAGAGAAUCGGAUUUGACAUUGGCAAAAGCAAUCGAUGUGUGCAGAGCUCAAGAAAUGAGUACGAAACAGCUUAAAUCUCUGAAAGGAUCCGAAGAGCAAGCGAUAGCAGCAAUACGUAAGUCACACUCUACUAGAAAAUUCAGCUCACAAAAGAACACUAAACAUGAUAAACAAAGAACAGAUAAUCAAAGGCCGGAAAGUACUACAGGGAAGCCAUGUCGUAAUUGUGGAAGGAAACACAUGGUAGGUGACUGUCCCGCUUAUGGCAAAACUUGUCAUGUGAGCCAGAAGAAAAAUCAUUUUGCUAAGUGUUGUUUGUCGAAACAGUCUAACUCUGCAAAGAAAAUUCACACCGUAGGAGUCCCACCGAAUGCAGAUUCUGACGCGGAUACUGAACUUUUCAUUGGAACUCUAUUUGUUAACAAAGUCGACCAAGACAGAAGUGAUUGGGUUGAAACGUUGACAAUCAAUGACCGCAAGGUAGAAUUCAAGUUGGACACAGGCGCUCAAGGAAACAUUAUUCCAAAACAUGUGUUUGAUCAGUUGGAAUUAGAUGAUCAUCAGCUUAAAAACACUAAAAUCAGAUUAGUGGCAUAUGAUGGACACAAAAUCAAACCGAAAGGCACCAAGAUUCUGGAAUGCUCAGUGCGUGGCCGAAAGUAUGACUUACCAUUUUUCAUUGUCGAUACAAAUGCACAGGCAAUACUGGGUAAGAAUGCAUGUACAGAAAUUGGAUCGAUUGUGCGGGUUCAUGUUGUGAAAAAUGAGUCGACAAAGGAAAAUGUACUGAAAACAUAUGAUGAUGUUUUCAAAGGACUUGGUGAACUUCCAGGGAAACACCAUAUCAAGAUCGAUGAAACCAUAACUCCAGUGAUACACCCACCGCGUAAAGUCCCUGCAGCACUUCAGGACAAAGUAAGAACAGAACUUGACAGAAUGGAAACGUUAGGGGUUAUCACGAAGCAAGACGAACCAACGGAUUGGGUUCAUAGUCUGGUGACAGUACGCAAACCUAACAAGUUAAGACUUUGCAUUGAUCCAAAGGACUUGAAUCGUGCGAUCAAGAGAGAACAUUACCACUCACAAACAGUCGAUGAGGUGAUCGAAAAGCUUCCACAAGCUAAAGUAUUCUCCAAGUUUGACGCGACGCACGGGUUCUGGCAUAUCAAACUUGAUGAGCCCAGUUCAAAGUUAUUGACAUUUAAUACACCGUUUGGGCGGUAUAGAUACAUGCGUUUGCCCUUCGGAAUCAGUUCUGCGCCGGAAGUGUUUUCUAAACGAGUUCAAGAGAUGUUCUCCGAUUUGUCGGGCGUGGAAUGCAUUGUUGAUGACAUCCUUGUUUGGGGAGAGACUACUGCAGAACAUGACUCUCGCGUACAACAGAUGUUACAACGGUGUCGCGAAAUGAACUUGAAACUAAAUAAGAACAAAGUGGAAUUUCGUGUACCGGAAGUUAGGUAUGUAGGACAUUUGAUCACAAACAAUGGCAUCAAAGUAGACCCCGAGAAAGUCCAUGCAAUAGUGGAGAUGCCACCGCCUGAUGACGUAUCAGGAGUUAAGCGCGUUUUAGGCGUUGUUCAGUAUGUGUCGAAGUUCAUUCCGAACUUGUCGGAUGUGACCGCUCCACUUCGUAUACUUCUACAACAAGACGUAGAAUGGCACUGGGAUGCGCCCCAGCAGGAAAGUUUUGACAGACUGAAACAGUUAGUAUCUAGUACCCCUGUACUACGUAUUUACGAUGUACGUAAGCCAGUAAGGAUUUCGGGAGAUGCAAGCUCGAAGGGAUUAGGUGUUGUACUUCUUCAAGAUGCACACCCGGUAGCAUACGGUUCGCGGGCGUUAACGGAAACACAGAAGCGUUAUGCUCAGAUCGAACGCGAGAUGCUGGCGAUUGUAUACGGAUGCGAGAAGUUCCAUCAUUACAUAUAUGGACGAAGCGUGACCGUAGAAACGGACCUCAAACCCCUUGUCGCAAUCUACAACAAGCCAUUGUACCGCGCGACUCCUAGACUUCAACGCAUGCUCAUGAGAUUACAGCGAUAUGAUCUCAAGCUAGUAUACGUACCAGGUAAGGAGAUGCACAUCUCAGAUGCACUGAGUCGGUCGUACCUGAAAGAAACUCCCGAGAUUCUUGUUGAUGACGAGAUAGACGUUGAUUGGAUUGAGGCACAACUUCCGGUAUCACCAACAAAACUGCAACAGCUCAAAGAAGCAACUGCUGCUGACGAAACACUACAAACAUUGAAAAAUACCGUGUUCGUUGGUUGGCCGAUCGACCAAUCAAAUGUUCCAUUGAAUAUUAUUCAAUUUUGGAAUUAUCGUGAUGAAAUUACUGAAAUAGAUGGACUCCUAUAUAAAGGUCAACGACUGAUGAUACCUACCAGCUUGAAAACAGAGAUGUUGAACAAGCUACAUGAAGCUCACAUGGGCAUUUUGAAAACACAGACACGAGCACGAGAAAUACUGUUUUGGCCCAAAAUGAAUCAGGACAUUGAAAACUUUAUUGGGCAAUGCGCAGUGUGUAACAAGUACAGGAAUUCUAACAGCAAGGAACCAAUGGUACCACAAGAGAUACCUUCACGUCCGUGGGCCAAAGUUGCGGCAGAUAUGUUCCAAUUCAAAGGUUCGGAAUACCUUUUGUGUGUCGAUUACUAUUCCAAGUAUCCAGAGUUAGUUCGUAUGCCUAACACAACCAGUUCACAAACAAUCACUGCUUUUAAAUCAGUGUUUGCUCGUCACGGCAUCCCGAUGGAACUAUUCACGGAUAACGGACCACAGUUCUCGAGUUAUGUAUUCAGGAAGUUCGCAAGUGAUUGGGAUUUCGUUCAUACAACUUCAAGUCCCAGAUAUCCACAGUCAAACGGGCAGGCGGAAAGGUGUGUUCAAACAGUUAAGAACCUACUUAGGAAGGCUGGCGAAUCAGGAGGUGACAUUUAUACGAGCCUUAUGAAUUAUCGUGCAUCACCAAUUGAUGGAAUAGGACUGUCGCCAUCUCAGCUACUCAUGAAUAGACAGCUGCGUACCAAGUUACCGAUUACAGCUAACAUGUUGAAUUCGAAAGUAGUCGAAUCCUGCAAAACACAACUUGCUGCGCGCCAAGGGAAACAGAAACACUACUAUGACCGACAAUCUUCAACGUUGCCCAUCAUGAACAGAGGUGAAAUAAUUCGUGUACAGAAAGACUCAAAACAAUGGGAACCUGCUGUCGUAGAUCAGAAACUUUCCGACCGAUCGUAUUUAGUACGCACAGGUGAUAACAAGCUGUAUCGCAGAAACCGCAGGCAUUUACUUAAAACGGGUGAAACUAUGUUGCCAUCUGAUGCCUUAGAUGGUACCGAACCGAUGAUUGACGAGUCACCACAACCGCAUCAGGAUCAAUCCGACGCGUCGACCACUUCACCAGAGAAGCCUAAACCACAUGAAAUUUCAAACACCCUGCGUCAGGAACCAAGACCACAGCGAACAGUGAGGCAACCAAAACAUCUUGAGGACUUUAUUUGCAAAUAA